AUGCCAAGACACCGAACUCGAUGCGGUGCUUGCCUAGUCUUGAAUAGAAGAUGCACCCCACUGUGCAUCUUUGCCCCUUACUUUUUCCAUGAGGAAGGAUCUACUUAUUUUGCUGUCAUCCGUAACGUUUUUGGUGACAGAAAUGCCUCCAUCCUCCUGGCCGAGCUUCUGGUAAGUGACCAGAUUGGGCCAGCCGUUACACUUACUAUUAAAGCUCUAGCUCGGCAUGAAGAUCUCGUUUAUGGCUGUAUAUCCCAUAUUAAUGCCCUCCAACAACAAUUUAGUGAUCUGCAAGCAUGUCGAGCCUUUUUACAGGAUUUAUUAUUUGCAAACCAUUUUGCAUAUCCGCAACCUAUUCCAAAUUGGUCUCACCCACAACCUAAUCCAAAUCCUAUUCCAAAAAAUGCCUCGCUUCCUAGUUUCCCAGAGGCUACUUCUCUACCUUACCCUGCCGAUACUAGUAGUAGCCAGUGGCCACUCCGAGACGACAUCGAUGAGCUUGGACCCAUCGUGUUCAACAAUCAUCGUCGGCAUUGA